GGCAUGUUGUGGCGCCCGGGUUCCGGGUGGCUCCGGUCACUGCCCACCUUGAGGCUCCGUGCACGGGAACUGCAGCCUGGCUGGAGUGACGCGCGGCUCCCUGCCCUCCCGCUGUCGGCGGCCGCGUCGCUGUCGGCGGCCGCUCCAGGCGGAUGGUAUGAGGCCCUGGCAGCGUCGGCGCCCGUGCGUGCGGCGGAGGAAGUGCUGCUAGGAGCGCACGCCGCUACGGGACUGCCCUGGUGGGGCAGCAUCGUGCUCAGCACCGUGGCCCUGCGCGGCGCUGUCACCUUGCCCCUGGCCGCCUAUCAGCACUACAUCCUGGCUAAGGUGGAAAACUUGCAACCAGAAAUAAAAAACAUUGCCAAGCACCUUAACCAAGAAGUUGCGGUCCGUGCACAUCAGUUUGGUUGGUCCAAGAGAGUUGCCAGGCUCACCUAUCUGAAGAAUAUGCGGAGGCUUGUGUCAGAGCUGUAUGUUCGUGACAACUGCCAUCCUUUCAAAGCCACUGUGUUAGUCUGGGUCCAGCUUCCAAUGUGGAUCUUCAUAUCUGUUGCCCUCCGGAACUUGAGCACAGGGACGACACAUUUAGAAGCAGGUGUUUCUGUUCAGGAGCAGUUAGCUGCUGGAGGGGUCCUGUGGUUUCCUGACCUCACUGCAAUGGAUUCCACUUGGAUUCUGCCUGUCUCUGUUGGUGUUGUCAAUUUACUGAUAGUGGAGAUUUUCGCUCUCCAAAAACUUGGAAUGUCUCGUUUUCAAAUGUAUGUUACAAACUUUGUCCGUGCUGUAUCCGUGCUGAUGAUCCCAGUUGCCGCAACAGUACCUUCUUCUCUUGUUCUCUACUGGCUAUGCUCCAGCCUCAUGGGCCUCUCCCAGAAUCUACUGCUCCGUGCCCCUGGAUUCCGCCAGCUUUGCCGGAUACCACCAACCAAGUCGGAUUCAGAGACCCCUUACAAAGACCUCUCUGCUGCCUUUUGUGCCAAGUUCCUUUCAAGAAAAUGAGGACAGUACACUUCCAGUAACUUUGAAAUUAUUGGAAAUGCCAUUUUCAGUUUCAUGUGUUGAAUUUAGAAGACUGGGGUAGCGUUUAAAUUGCCUAUUAUGCCUAUUUCUCUGUGGGAAAGAUAUAACUCAAAUGUAUUUGAUAUUUUGUGUUAGACAUAAAUGUUCAAUUGUGAAGUCUAAAGAUAGGCUAAAAUGCCUGGUCUUGUUCAUACAAUAAUAUCUUUGCUGAGAACAGGAUUAGAUCCUGUGUGAUCUGUGUCCAUACAACAACGUUUUGUAAAUUAAAGGCUCUGGUGAAAAUAUUUUAUUUUAUAUAAAUUAUGUAUGCAUGUCUGUGGGGUUAGGGGGACAGCAUGUGCACCUGUGUACUUAUGUGCAAGUGUCCACAGAGGCCAGCAUCGCCAGAUCUCUCUGGAAUUUAAGGAAGGCAACAUGUGUGCUGGGAACAGAAUUCAGGACAUCUGAAGGGCAGUGUAUACUUACCACUGAGCCAUUGCCCUAGCCCUGCACUGGUACUUUUCACCACUGAGCAUGUGAGCUCCAGCCCAAGUGAGGUAAUUGCUAACACUUCAUUGGAGGAUGGUUGUUGGGUCUGUUUGUGUAUUUGAAAAGUCUGUAUGGAUUUGUCAUAAAAGUCAUGGGACUCAGAGUGUUCUUUGGCAAAUUUUAGUCUAGUGGGCCACUUGAGAGGUGACUCAGUGGUUAGGAGCACUUGCUGCUGUCACCUGAAGUGCAUAUAGAACCAGAAAGGCCACUGUGUUAUAAGGUGACUUUUAACUUGUUUUUUAUUUGGAAAGAUUGAAUGCUGUCUUGGAAUUAAUACAGGAAAAAUUCAUGGGUGAUAAUAAACUGUGGCUUCAGCUAUUAUUUCAUUCAGAAAGGUGAAAGUUGUGGUUGAUGUACUCAGGAAUAAAUUUGACAGGCAUUUGAGGAAA